GCUCCACUCCGUCUCCUCCCAGACCCCCUCCGUAGGCCAAAGUGCCCCUUAGUGCCAGAAAGCCCUACCCCAUAGAGAGCUCUGCUCCUCAGCACUAGACAGUUCCAGCCCCCCCAACUCCAGUCCCCUCCACCCCGCACACCCGCUAGCACUGGACCACCCCGAUCUCUUCACUCCCACUGCCCUGGGCAGCUCCAGCUCCUCCCACGCUCCAGACCCCCGCACCCUAGCGUAGAUUGCACCAGGCCCCUUCCACUUCCUAGGCCUGCCCAGUACCUGCUUUUGCCCUCUCGGGACCCCUAGCCUCUUAGCCUCAGCUUCACCCCCCCUCCACCAUUUCCUUGCUGUAAGUCCUCCCGCCAGUGCUAGGCACCUUACGGCCCUGGGUUUUACCCUCUGCCCACUUCAGUUGCCCACCUACAACCACAGCUCCUUGCCCUUCUGCACUUCUAGGCAGCUACCAGAGACUUCCUGGGAGGAAGCGGAGGCCAGGCCUGCCACAUGGACAUAGAUGCACUGAGCAGUCCUUGGGACAGUUCUCGUUCUUCUUCCAGUUGCGAGGAGGAGCCAUAUGGAGGGCGAGCAGUGUCGGAACUCUUGGCUGGUGCUACCAAGUCCUUGUGCAGUCAGGAAGAGGAGGGACGUAAGAAGCAGCAGAGCCAUCAAGGGAAAGGAGCAGGAGUUCCACAGCAGGAUGGUUCGUGGAUGAAUAUUGCUUACACCCACUCACAAGUGUCCAGAGCCUCUGCUGAGCAGGAGAACCAUCUUCAGGCACCAAGGAAAAAGGUGGAAAGCAGGAGCGUGGACCAGAAGAACCCUCCGUUUGAGGACUUUAAGGGAACUCUGAUAGAUCAAGACCCCAAAGAUGCUAAAUCUCAUCAACGUUCCAUGAAGAAUCAGAGAGCCUUUGUUUACCAGCCCAGCUCAACAGAACAUGCUCAAGGAGAUCCACCGCCAUUGGCCAAGCUGGCCGUAGCACCAGCUGAAAAAAGUGAGCAGUGCGACAGCUCAGAGGCUCCGUCUGAGAUCAAAAGUCCGAGGCGGAUGCAGCCCCUUGCCAAGAGCACACAAACUGAAGAAUGCUCUCCAAACCAGCCCCAGCCGCCCUGCUUCCCAGAUGGCAGAGGGAACAGGAGCAGCUCUGGGCUGGAGAAGAGGAACUGUCCCCCUCCACUGGGAGGAGCAGGAAGGAAGUGGGCUGAGGGCUCUGAAGUGGAGCGUGAAGAGGAACUGAAUGAGCUUGGUUGGAUUAACUAUGGGUUCACUACGGAGCCAGUGUAUAAAAAGCUUGAUUGUCCCGUGGAGGAAGGAGUUAAAGUGAGGACUGUAACAGAUGUUAGUUAUAAAGAUGACCACCGCAUGUACUGCUUUGACUAUGGAAACAGACAUUAUUACCAACCUAAGAAAGAUCAUGAGCGAGCCUACAUGAUGAAGCUGGCAGAAAGCUCUGAGAAGGUGAUUCAGCAAAACCUGAGGGAAUUCUUUGGCCUGCUGAGGAUCUUGGUGAACGUGGUCUUCAUUUUCCUGGUCGAGCUGGUCCGCUUUCUUGGCAAGUCAGUCUUCCAGGUCUUGGUGGUGGGCCUGCUGACAACAGCAGGAGAUCAUGUUCUUAAGCCCUUCUUGGUCGCGGUGUUUAACAGCCUCCUGCAGCCCCUGCUGCUAUUCCUGUUGAAUGUCCUUUGCAGUGUCCGGAAUCUGGCUUACCCUCUCAUUGACAUCCUGAAAGGCAUUUGUUUGCAGCUGGCUGUGGUGCUUCAAGCCUUCAGAUUAGUAGAAGUCAACAUACAGUCAGAGACCCCAUUAGCUCAGAAGGUUUAGGCAGGAGACCAAAAUCACUUUGACAGGCAUUGAGACAAGAUUCACUCUUUGGAUGCUCCUGGACGUCUUUCCAGGUGCACUAUCCCGCUGGCAGCUUGUCGGCAGCCUGAGCCAACUCACAGCAGAGUAGAGCAGAAUGGAGCCCUCUUCAUCAUGACAAUAUGGAUGUGGCCUCCAGACACUCUGUCUGAGUGCCAAGCAAGACCACCAUUGCAUGCUGGACCCAUAGCAGGCCAUGCAGUCUGCACGGGGUGUAGUCAAGCUGAGGAUGACCAUGUACUGACUACAUUAGGCAAAGAACUGUGCUUGCACUCUGGGACCCCUGCUCUACCCCUCCCAAAGGGGUUUGUAACGAGCCAUUUGAAAUCCUAAUGCAUGGGAAGCUCUGUGGAUUGACAGUGGCAAAGGGACCCACCUGGCAGAGUGAGGUUGGCAGUGAUGGUUGCUCUGGAAUUGACUUCCUAGGGGAAGGAAGGAGGGAGAGACCCGUCCUCUGACAGAACCAUGUGCAGACCAGGGCAGGUGCCCAGCCAAGCAGGAAAAACAAGUGUAGCCAGAUAGUUCUGUCUAAGGCACUGGACGCGAAGCACAGCGGGGCCUGUCUAUAACUUGCUAGUGCCCAGUAUGACCUCCCUGUAAAAUAAAAUUCUACAACCUGG